UAAAGACUGCCAAGCUGUGGACCUUCACACUCAUGGCGUUCCUCUCUACCUUCUUCUCUCGCAUCGCUUCCAAACCCCACCUCCGCCGACGUUUCCGCGCCUCUCUCCCUCCCGGUCCCACCCAACCCCCGCGAUCGGGUGCCUCCGGGGACCGCCUCCUCGCCUGGUCGCGCGGUCUCGUACCAUUCGCCGUCGCCGCCGGCGCUGCCCUCGCUUUCGAUCUCCAUCCUGUUGCCGUCCCCUCCUUCUGCGACCCAGGCAUCGAUCUCCGGGUUGGAGGGAAGGAUAGCACCGAAUUAGUGGUGAAGGGUGCUCGUCGGGAGGCGCCCGAGGAGUUCAUCCAAGAGCUAAAAGAUUUUCUUCAAGAUAACCUGACAGUGGACUAUGAAGAACGGCGUUUUCAUGGGGAGCCGCAGAACAGCUUCCACAGAUCUGUGAAUGUUCCUGAUGUGGUCGUUUUCCCAGGAUCACAGGAUGAUGUACAGAAAAUUGUUGCAGCAUGUAAUAAGUACAAGGUUCCUAUAGUACCAUAUGGAGGAGCUACUUCAAUUGAGGGUCACACUUUAGCCCCACAUGGAGGUGUAUGCAUUGAUAUGUCACUGAUGAAAAAAAUUAAGUCUCUAAAUGUUGAGGACUUGGAUAUAGUUGUUGAGCCAGGGAUUGGAUGGAUUGAACUGAAUGAGUAUUUGAAGCCUUACGGCCUUUUCUUCCCACUUGACCCAGGUCCUGGGGCUACUAUAGGAGGCAUGUGUGCUACUCGUUGCUCUGGCUCUUUAGCUGUAAGGUAUGGAACAAUGCGAGACAAUGUCAUCAAUCUUCAGGUUGUUCUAGCAAAUGGUGAGAUCAUCAAGACUGGUUCACGAGCUCGGAAGAGUGCUGCUGGAUAUGAUUUGACUCGCUUGUUGAUUGGAAGUGAAGGCACUCUAGGUAUAAUUACAGAAGUUACAUUGCGUCUUCAAAGACUUCCUCAGCAUUCAGUGGUAGCUAUGUGCAAUUUUCAAACGAUAAAGGAUGCUGCUGAUGUUGCCAUAGCCACAAUGCUUUCCGGUAUACAGGUGUGGAAGGGCAUAAACAAUGGGGAAUUACUUAGGAGGGAUGAGGAACUAUGUGAUGAUAUCGUGAUACUUCUAUUAAAAAAAAAUGUGAGGCACAUGGAGACAUGGCCACAUGCAAAUGCUGAAGCAUAUGCACGGGAGCAGACGUUGAUUGUUCAGAAGAUUGUUUCGGAACAUAAUGGAUCUGAUUUUGUUUAUGUGGAAAAUGCCAUUGAUAAAGAGGAACUCUGGAAGAUAAGAAAGGAGGCGCUUUGGGCUUGCUUUGCAAUGGCACCUAAUAAUUAUGAAGCAAUGACCACGGAUGUCUGUGUUCCUUUAUCAAGGUUGGCAGAAUGUAUAACAAAAUCUAAGCAAGAGCUUGAUGCAUCAUCACUAUUGUGCACGGUCAUAGCUCACGCAGGUGAUGGAAACUUCCACACAAUUAUUAUGUUUGAUCCAGAACAAGAAGAACAACGGCAAGAAGCAGAGAGACUAAACCAUUUUAUGGUUCACACUGCCUUAUCCCUGGAAGUAUAUGUUUACAAGUAUAGUACAAGAACAACUAACUAGUAAGUGUUAUCAUCUGCUUACCAUUUUUGUGAUUUGAAUUUUGAAAUUUGGCCCACCUACAACCCUUUUAUUCCUUAAUAGAUUUUAUAUUCCUAUUAUCUAUGAAAAUGGGGAUUGGAUUUGCUAGUUGAGGCUUGAUAUUUCUGAUGCUUCUGUUUGGGACCUCAGCCUUUUAUUUCAUUCUUAUCAGAGAGAUGGCUGCCGCAGUUACAUCUCUGGUUACCUAGUGGUUGAUUGGCUGUAAUUCAUGUCCACUAACUUGCUUCAUAUCUUUUGCUGAGAUAGCAUCUAAUUUCCUUCUGGAACUGGUGGUUGAAAACUUUCACAUCAUUGUAAAAUAAUAGUGCACAAUACAGAUACAUUUCGAUUUUCAUGUCAAUAACAUUCAUGCAUUACUGUUUGUCAUUUCCUUGUCACUAUAAAAAUAUUUUAACUCAGAGGUGAUAGUUCUCGCUACUUGUAGGAGAGAGAUACAACUUUUAUAAGUUUGAACCAAGGUUUGCUUUAUUGAUCCGUACCGGUGUACCGACCAUGUGUCGGUACGGUACGUACCGAGGCGUACUGACGUAUUGUAUGUCGGUAUGUCAGGGUGUAUUGAUGGUAUGAUUUUAGGGUUUCAAAGUUUAAAAUAAAUAUAAAUUUAGUAUAUUUUAGCAAAAAUAAUCUAAAUUAGGAAUGAAUAGUGACAUAUAUCUUUUUCGAAUUUUGAGGAAUAGCUUUGAUAUUCUGGACCGUCCUUUUGUUAAUAUUGAAUUAUCUACUAAGAAAUGAUUUGAAUUGUUAGAUUUUUUUUAAAACAACUCAAACUUUAAGGUUUAAAUGAAUUAAGUAAUCAAUCAAUGGAUAUACAUGGUUCUAUCAUAAAAAAGAAUGACGGGACUCCACUGGCGAUAGAUCGAGGUCCUCGAUCUUAUGUAUCUAUGCAUCAAUUUAAUAUGUUUGUUGGACCCAAUCCUAAAAUUAAUCCUACAACAUAGUAUAUUGAUACACAGUAUGCUAUUGGUGUAUCAAUAUGGUGAUGGUCGUAGUUUGAUCAUCGUGGAUCACACGUGUCUGAGACGGCUCUUGAGGCAAGUACGAUUGUGGUAUAUAUUGGUGCGGAGCAUGGAGAAUAAUGUUGGAACAUCUACUUUCGCCAUUGAUCUGCUACUCCGUAUUAUAAGAUCGAUCAACGUAUUGUUGCUCAGAAAAGUAUGACCAACUAUCACUGUAUUGUUGUUGGCCGUAAAAUUCUUCAUAAUACGAUGAGCUUCACUCCAUGUCUAUGUCAUGUAGGCUUUGUUGCAUCUGCUCAAUGGGUUGAAGAGAUUGUAAGAGUUGAAGAGAUUGAGAGAGUGAAAUGAGUUGAAAGAGGGGGGAGGAAAGGGUUUAAAAACCCUUUCUAACUGUCCAAAUGAUCAAUUUGAUCAUUUGAAAUAGGGCAAUCUCUGCCCUUGGUUGGUAAUGGUCGAAAUCUGACCGUUACCGACCUAUACCAGUCGGUAACGAUUGGAUUUCAGCCAUUACCAACCUGUCACGAACGGUUGUCACACACCCACAACAACUCCGUUCAACGAACCGUUCGUCGCUCACACCUUCAUGUACAGCUGCUUGGCAGCAUGUUUUGUCUUGGUUUUGGGUCAUUUUGCUUGUAAAAAUGUAAGUUCGAACACGCUGCAGCGUUACAAAGCGACCGCUCACCGAACCGAGCAAAACAGCCCCAAAACAGCUCCGUUUUCGUGUGCUGCGGGCUGAUUUCUGGAAUCUGCCUCCGCUCACCAAAACGUCAGCCAUCUCAGCCCCUAGGAACCCCUCAGGUGGCAUAGGGCUGGAUGGGGCUUCGGAUAUAUGACGGGCGUUGAACAACCUUUCGCAAGUUCGCACGUUACCUUGACGGGAACUUGUUGUCGCGCCCGGCACCCGGUGAGCAGCUGUUUGUGGACUUGCAGCUAUUCGUUCAACCCUCUAAAGUCAUUGUUUUCCCCCUCUCCCUCUUUUCUCUUGUGCACGCAAGGUGCUCGCUGAAUUGCUUGUAAAGCUUCCCCUUUUCAUGAGAUGUCGGGACUUAUCCGUCGCUCGUUCUUUCAAACUAAUCAACUUUCUCUUUUUACAGGUCCUUCGGGACCUGCGAGAGGUUACAAGUGGGCUGAUCCUUGCGGAGCAAUAUCGCAAGGGUGAAGCGCGACUUAGGCAACGCAAGCUAAGUUCGCGUCUUUGCCGCAAGGGUGACUCGCGACUUAGGCAACGCAAGCUAAGUUCGCGUCUUUGGCCGCAAGGGUGCCUCACGCCUUAGGCCGCAAGGGUGCCUCACGCCUUAGGCAAUUCCAGCUAAGGCCGUGACAAAUCGGUACAGACCACGUAUCUGGUGGUCCAUGUACUAGUCCAUUGUUGGACUGGUAUCUACUGCCUUUAUUGGGUGGUUUGCUUUGGUACAGCAAACCAUGGUUUGAACUAUAUUCUGGAGUCAAAAAUCAGAUCUGCUCAGAGCUUUCUCUUCAUGCAAAGAACACACAGAUCAAUUUGCAAAAAAGGGUAGCAAACUGUGUUGCCUUUGCUUCAUAUAAUUGUUUGAGUUACAAGUGAUUCUCCUAUUAGUCCUAGAUGUUCUUAAAUUUGAGUUCAUUUGAAGUAGAGGUUAGCUGGAUCCUUUUGAUGGUGGUUUACCUGAUUAUUUAACAUUCAUGUUUACAUCUGGAGGAGACCAGAUUGUAUUAUUAUUAACUUAGGCAAUAAAUGCUUGAAGAUCAGAUCAACAUGUUCAUGAUUCUUUGAAUCAACAACUUGUUCAUGAUUGUUUGCAUCAAGGAUUUCCAUUUUGUAGCAUGGGGUUGUGCUGAUACCUUUUUGACAUUGCAUGAUCUCAUGCCAUGUUGUGCCCUUAUGCCUAUUGACAUUGCUAAAUUUGGCCUAGCCAUAUGUCAGCACCUCAAGCAUGGUUUCUGACAUUGUACAUUUCCAAUUCGUGCUGACUUGUGCUGAUUGCCAUUGCAAUCAUUGCUUUAAAAAGCCCAAAAUGGUAAUGGUCAGAAUAUUAUAUUUACUUGUGGACCAUAUUUCGAGCAUAUGUACAUGGAAAUUGAAUUUUGGAGAAUUUUUUGCUGGAAGUUCCUGAAAGGAACAAAGGGAUUUGUGUUUGAAUUUGAGUAAAGUAAAUACUUGUUCUUGAAACUUAAGUGAAAAAAACAAUCAUAUUGUCUGCUAAACUUGUAGUCUUUGUCAUGGUGCAAAAGAACCAAGUAUGAGCAUGGACAUUAUCUGAUCAUCACCAUAUGCUUAGUCAACUUUAAUUUCAAGUGAUAAUGUUUUGCUGCAGUACUUCAAACCAUUUAUAUUAAUCGUAUGCAGUUACUAAACAAGAUGAUUCACCUCUUAUUGGUCUACUGGCAGCAUAAAUUUUGAUGUAUGAGCUUUUUAAACCCAGAAAACCCUCUAGUUUUCUAUGUUGUUAUUCCAAGCAUCAUAACCAUGACAUUUGAGUUUCUUGAUAAAGAAGUGGAAUCUGGUAGCCUAACAUGUGCCUCAAAUUUGUCUAUUAAUUUUUAUAUGAUUUUGUACCAAGGUAUUUUAAGUCAUCUACAAAUUGCAAUGUUUCUAGCCCGAGAAAUCUUAUGGUACUUGGCUUUUGUGUCAGAGAUUCCACCAGUUGUUUUUAUUAAACAUAUUCCAGUUAUAACUGUUUCUAUAUCUCAAUGUUGACUUCUGCUUCAGUAUUUGUGUAGUUCUUAACUUGAGUUGUCUUU